GUCCUUCCCCACACUCCCCCAAGCUGAGACGCCGAACCUCCGGGCCUGCGCAUGCGCACCUUUCUGCCUUCCUGUCCGCGCGCGCUGGGUCCUGCAGCGCCUGGUCUGGUCAUGGAGGCCCCGGGAAGCGCUGGAGGAGCCUUCCUGAACGACGUUGUGGCCUAUGUUGAAGUAUGGUCUUCCAAAGGGACAGAGAACUACUCAAAGACAUUUACAAAACAACUUGAAGAUAUGGGGGCAAAGGUUUUAAAAACUUUCAACAAGCAAGUGACCCAUGUUAUCUUCAAAGACGGAUAUCAGAGCACCUGGGACAAAGCCCAGAAGACGGGAGUAAAGCUGGUUUCUGUCCUCUGGGUUGAAAAAUGCAGGAUGGCUGGAGCACGUGUCGAUGAAUCUUUGUUCCCUGCAGUGAAUACUAAUGAAAAUUUAAUUAGAAGAAAACACAAGUGUAUGCAGCCCAAAGAUUUUAUUCCUAAAACACCAGAAAAUGACAAAAGACUUCAGAAGAAAUUUGAGAAAAUGGCUGAAGAGCUACGAAAGCAAAAGACAUUUCUAGAUGAUGGUUCUCCCAUCCUCCUGUUCGAGUCCCCUCCCUCACUGGCACGCAGCUCUGAAGUUCCCACUGGGAGUCUCCAGAGCACAAUGAAGAGGAGACUUGAGGAGAUGAAGGAGAAAAGGGAGAAUCUUUCCCCUACCUCUUCCCAGAUGCUCAAACAGUCUCAGCAGAAUCCAAGUAUCACUCUAUGUGAAGCAUCUUUGAACACUUCCCAUCAGUUUUUGAGUUCAGGUGAAUCCUUUACCAGUGGCUCUCACUCAUCUUUUGAUGCUCUCCAUGGAGAUGAGGAAAGGAAACUGGGAAGAUCUUCCAGUGAGAUGGCAGGGAAGGCACGCCCUUCUUCACCUGCCUUGAGGACAAGCAGUUUUUAUAGUUCGGCAUUGCCCAACCACCUCAGCCAGCCAACUUCCCAGGAAGUUCCAGACAGUCGUUCACAGGAGGGCGCCAGCUGGCAGCGAGAUGCUGCAGAUGGUGUAGUUGGUGCAGAGGGAAGGCAAGCCGCAGGCGUGGCACAGGGGACGCCUGAUGAGAAGCAGUGCCUGUCCCCUACGGUGUCCACCAUGGAGGGACACUUGGCACAUCUGGGAUCCAAGACUUCUUCAGCAAAGAGAAAAAGGUCAGUGGACUUGCAUUCACCUCCAAAAGGAAAACUCAAGAAGAGGUGCAGUAGGAAGCCUAGCCUGCCAAUACAGUUGAUCAAGUCUGACCAGAGCCUACAGUCCUCGACCGGGUCCGUCCGGGAGACUCCUGAUACUGAGACUUCUUCAUAUGAGGACUACUUUUCCCCUGUUAAUCUCAAGGAGAGGAAUUCAGAGAGACUUCCUCCUGAGGCUCGGCCACUAGCCAGUCCUCUGUUCCACUGCAGAAGUCUCUCUAAGUGGGAGCGAAAAAACAUCCUGGAAAAGUGUGACUUAACCUGCAUUGGUGAAAAACUCAGACCCAUCAACAUUGCUGACUUAAUUUCAAAAAGGACUUCUAGUCCUGAGAGACCUGACAAGGAAGACGUGAGCACAGCUUCUGGUUGCAUGCCUUUGGUGGGAGCAUCUGCUAACAACAGCACAGAGCAUUGCAGGCAACCUGGCCCUCAGCUGAGGGAAGACGUAGGCCCAGUGGGAAGCAGCCACCCUGCUGCCCUGCACAGUCCUGCUCGUCACAUCACACCCUUGAAAGGACGUAGUACAGAAGCAAGAGAAGCAGUUGAUGUAAGAGGCUCCCCAGAAGAAGCUACAGCGCCUCCCAUGUCAGCGGCUCCUGAGGGUGAAGCACACAGCGGUAAUCUCAGUUUUGGAGAGGAUUGUAACGUAGAAAAGCCCGUAGAAGAAAAGAAGAAUCUAUCCACAGGAUGUAGUGAAAGUGUGAAAGAUGGAGCAGCGAGGCCAGAUGCUUCAGACAGCUCUGGUACAGGCCUGGUUAGACCGCAAGAAAAUCCAAAGAAACGUGGGAAAGAACAGCCAGUGAGAACAUUAGUCAUGACAAGCAUGCCAUCUGAGAAGCAGAAUCUCAUCAUCCAGGUGGUGAACACACUGAAGGGCUUCUCAUUCACAGCCGAGGUCUGCGAGUCCACCACCCACGUGCUGGUGGGGAAGUCUGUCCGCACCCUGAACGUGCUGAUGGGGAUCGCCAGAGGCUGCUGGAUUAUUUCCUAUGAAUGGGUACUGUGGUCUUUAGAGUGGGGUCACUGGAUUUCUGAGGAGCCCUUUGAACUCUCCGAAACCUUCCCUGCGGCUCCGGUAAGUCAACGCUGUCCAACAGUGGUAAAUACAAUGAGUUUGUUGUAGGAAUUUGUUGCGAGUAUAAACCCAGGGUCUUAGGUUAAGAGUGGUCUCACUCGGUCUAAAAGAAUGUCAUCUCAGAAACGAAUGCCUCCUACUUAUUUCUGAUGUCACAUGUGAAAAUUGAGGAAGAUACUCAUAAAGUGCAGUGAAAAAUGUCACUUAGAGAAUUUUCUCUUUAGCCAGGCAGUCCAGCACUCAGGAAAACUGAACUGUGUGGAUUGCUGCAAGUUUGAUGCUGUCCUGGGCUAUAGGAUGAGACCUUUUCUAAAAAAGAA